CGGAGGGAUCCCAGCUUGUCAGAACCAUGGUUGAGAGGCAGCGAGCAGCAUAGGUCCACCGUUAGCCCAGCAGCUACUCAUUAGGACAGGGAGACAGUGAACCGAGAAGACGCGCAGCUGUGGACGUUUCUACCGAGCCAAUGUUAACCUUCGGAUAGUCGCCGUUCUGCUGGGCUGCUCUAGCGUUUUCCUGGGGGGGGUUCGGAGCCAGCUUUCGCGUCGCUACGCUGGUGUUCUGCGGUGGAAAUAGCCCCCAAAAAUGUCGUCUCCAAGUCCGGGUAAAAGGCGAAUGGACACCGAUGUGGUGAAACUCAUCGAGAGCAAGCAUGAAGUCACCAUCCUCAGUGGACUCAAUGAAUUUGUAGUGAAGUUUUUCGGACCACAAGGAACGCCGUACGAGGGAGGUGUGUGGAAGGUGCGAGUAGAUCUUCCCGACAAAUACCCUUUUAAAUCACCAUCAAUAGGAUUCAUGAACAAGAUUUUUCAUCCCAACAUUGACGAAGCGUCAGGGACAGUGUGCUUAGAUGUCAUCAACCAGACAUGGACAGCCCUUUAUGAUCUGACCAACAUCUUCGAGUCGUUCUUGCCCCAGCUACUGGCCUACCCCAACCCCAUCGACCCCCUGAACGGAGAUGCGGCUGCCAUGUACCUUCACCGGCCAGAGGAGUACAAGCAGAAAAUCAAAGAGUACAUCCAGAAAUAUGCAACAGAGGAGGCUCUGAAGGAGCAGGAAGAGGGGGCAGGCGACUCUUCAUCCGAAAGCUCCAUGUCCGAUUUCUCAGAAGACGAGGCCCAGGACAUGGAGUUGUAGUGAUAGGAGGGUUCCCCAUCCCACCCCCUCCUUUAACCCCCCACCCCACCCCACCCCACAAAGACUAUAUUUGAUUUCCUAACCAUGAGAAAGCAGACUUAUAAUAUUCAUAUUUAAACAAGUUGAUUUUUUUAUUAUUAUUAUUAUUAUUAUUAUUAUUACUACUACUAAACAAGGAUUUUUAUGGAUAUCUAGCCUUUGGUGUGUUUGACAGACACCCUCCCAUUCUGUAGCUGUUUCUCCCUACAAAGAUGUCGCAAAAUGCUUUCACAUUCUCUCCCUGUUAUCUCUGCAUUUUAAAGGUGUGUUAUGUAGUGGUAGGCAGGAAAUCUCUCCCCCAACCCCCCCCCAGUGAGCAUCUUAGUUCUCUACUCAAAUUUUACUUUUUAAAAAUACAGCUUUCCAGUUGAACCUGAAUCUUAAGUUCCUCUCUUUUCCCGCGACGCGAACUGAUUCUGACCAAUGUUUCAUUAGCUGCUCCCCCACAGAGCUGCUUAGGUCAUCGCCUGCGCGGCUGCACAGCUCUUCAAUAUUAACCUGUAGUCAAGACAGUAUUUUUAAGGCGCACAAUUACACAUACGAGGUGUUUGAAGUCAUAAAAAGCAAAACAUGUAGUGUCAAUACUAUCAACACUAAAGGCUGCCUGAGCAUAUCUCUAACAUAUUGAUUGAGCCGUUAAAAAGAUGCGCCUUUCUUUUUCGUUCAGUUUGGACGAUACCUUGGCUGUUACUGAACUUUUUGUUACUCUCUAUUGAUCUGCUGCAGCUGCAUGCCUACAUGUGCCGCUGUGCAGCUCCAAUAUAAAUGCUUGGAAAAUAAAGUAGUUAAAUACAUGUCUGAUUACAUUGGAGGUUUAGUGACGAAGACCUGCGGCAGUUGCUUUUGGUGUUGAUGGUUUGGGACGCCCGCUAGCUGCUUACAACAGCAUGCAACGAUUUGUGCACAAAAUAGAAAAGUAGCUCUUCUCUUUGGCCUUGUUGGAGGUUUCUGGUCAGAGAAGUCCAGAGCUUCCCUUUAACCAUCUGACCAUCUGAGUUUCAUAUUUCAUGCAGCUCUGUCGGGACGCACCUCAAACAGGAGAGCACCGAACAUUCAUCCCCCUGUACUCUUGCUUCUAAAACAAAUUCCAACUAGUGUCAUUGAUCAACUUCAAGAAGAAUGUAACAAUCGGCUAAAAACGGUACCAAAGUCCAUUUUAAUUUCAAGUGAUAAACAGAAGUGGUCAUAUGGUUACUGAGCGGAUCUGAGUACAAAAAGAAGCGAUUUCUUAAAGAUUCAGGUCGGUGUAGUCUCAGUCCUCCUCACAUUCCUCUCUUACCUGGAGUUUGCUGCAGUGCAUGGCCCCUCACCCUCAUUGGUCGGACCUGUGUUGUUUACCCCGACUGCAUCCAACGGACCCCCCCACACGUUAGCGUCUGCCUACCAGGAUCUCUGUUUGGAGAAGAUUACAAAAUAAGAGCCAAGUGUAUGACAUUUAGGCUUGUAGCAAUUUAUUCGUUGAGGUGAUUUAAUUUAAUUUGUAAAGAUUUGGCGGGGGGGGAAAAAGUGUCAUUCAUUCAUGGUCGAUUCAUUGUGGCGGGUGGAGAUGUGACCUGUGAUGCGGGGAAAGAGAUUUCUAUCGCAGCUUUGAGUUUUGACUGUUUUUUCUCCUCUUUUUUAUUUCUUGUGCGCUUCACAUUUUCCCUCCUGGUUUUUUUAUUUUCUUUUUGUGUGUACAGCAAACUACCCUGUACAGUGAAGAGCCACCUCUCUGUAGCCUCAUGAGAACUCAGUGUUGAGCCCGAUACACUGACCCGAGUGUUGCCCGUCGAGGCGAACAUCAGUCAAACUACCUAGAAAACCUUGAAAUGUAUUCAAACAGUUUGUUUUUUGAAUUUGUUCUCGUUUGUGGCAGAUUGUGGAUCCCCGUAGCGGGAUAUUGAAAACCGAGUCCCACUCUGACCUCCCUCUUCUGUGCCUCGUCACAAGAAGGAAGGUGACCUAUUUUAUAAAUAAAUAAAAAAGUCCCCAAAAAAGCCAUGAAGGUCAAAAAUAACUAAGCACACUGGUUUUUACUCAUCCCCACUUUUCUCCUCCUCCCAAAAAUGGUGAUUUCACAUCCAGCUCUGUUGCAGAUUAGGGGAAUCGCCCGGGGCUGAGAGGCUCGGGCGUAUUUGAGCUAAUGUAGGAUUGUUAGACUUUUAUGGCUCAGGUUUUGAAAUACACUUUUGGUCGUAUCUCGCAUAGUGAUGAAACAUUUCUCACCCAUAAGGUAUCGGACGGAUGGAAAUCAUGCUGAUAUAUGUGGAGCCGUGUUCUUGUUUUCUUUGACAUGUCAGGAUAGUUAGUUUUUCUGGGUGGUGACUUCAACUUAACAACAUAUGCUAUAUGGCUGUAUUACAGAUAGAGUUUAGCUAGUAUGGUCUGCUUACCGGAUAAAGCGUUCACUGCUCCAUCUGACCUUUAGUUAGUGUCUGUCGUGUGGUUAAAUGUAAGAUACUCCAUAGAUGUGCCUGCGUGUCCUCCUCUUGCAGAUCCAGAGUUGUACAGACAAGUGUGAGUGGUUUCAAACUGUUUGAGCUAAAGUGAGCCUGAUAGAUCGAACUGUACAGACAUCAAAGGUAUUGAUCAGCACCUUGUUGCCCCCAAAACACGAUUUACUACACACUGUGCCCAAAAUUAAAAAUUUUCCAUUUCCAAUAUCUAUCAGAAGAGUUUGACUCACUUGAAGCCAUGCGUUAAUCAUUUCUCUCGCUCAGCCGGCAGAAGUUUUGGAUGUUAGCUUCCCGCAUUUCGAGCUCCUGCAGACCCUCGACACGUCCAAGGCAGCGCAAAGCCACGUCAUUGUUUUCCACGUCUUCAGAGUGACGCUCGAACAGAACAAACCUUUAAACGCAGCCUCACAGUUUUCACAACUGGCAGCUGCCUCCAAGUGUGUAUUUAUCCAUUCAUCGCAGAGACCUCCUUUUUUGUUUUUAAACUUCAUUAAGUGCCACUCUUGUAAGUUGCGGCUCCGCUUCGAUUAGAACUUGAAAUUUGGGUUUUCUUUCUCAUUUUAAGUAAUUCAGAAAUACUUGUUUUACUUUUACAUUUGUGCAGUAUUGUACUGUGAGUGCUGACACAGUAUAUCCGAGUUGAGAAUUGUAAUAAAAUAGCACAAUAUUGUGCAGUGGUGCAACAGGGAACUAAUCAUAUUUUGUCUUUUUCAAAAACAAGAUUCUUGUGUUUGGGUAAAUACUUUUAGUUGCAUCUGCUGGGCAGUAACUUAAUGACAGACUCAGCUGUGGCCUGGUGUUGAUCUCGUGAAACACGACGAUUAUCUGAUCCCAUCUUUUAAAUCCCUUCACUUUUAUUCAGCGUCAAGAGGAAUGAUCACUGCCUUUGUGUUCCAGGUUGUCGUCAACUCAACAACUAAAGAAAAUGUCCUCAAACUAGUGAAGGAUUGUUCUUCCCAUUGCAACUUGAAGUCUAAAUUAUUUUUGAAUGGAAAACAUGUUUCUUUUUUCUCCUUUUUAUUUAAUUUCCUUUUGUCUUUCUCCUCUGCACCUCUUCUGCUCUAAGAUAACAACGUCUUAAACACCCACAGUUCAAAACAGUGACUCCAGACAACUAGAACUCACAUGGUGGUGUAUCAAGCCUUAGUCCCUGCAACCGUACUUGCACACUCCCCCACACACAUAAGGAUGAAGGACCUGAGCUAACGCGGUGGACUGGUCUAUCAUUAAUCCACAGACAGGACGUCCAGGGCCCGUCGUCCAUUUUAUCAGCACAGCUGCAGAGAGCCAGCACCCUGAUCCUGUAAUAUCACCUCCCCCCAUGUGUUGACUGUGUCUACUCGUGCACUUGCAUGCUUCUGGUGUGGAGUCGAGGCUCGACCGGUGCACAUCUCCCAUUCUGUCUUGUGCUCCUGUGGAUUUGUGCCCUGUGCUGGCCUGUCGCUGCCAUCAGGGGAUUUCGCUGGCACACGCAGCAUGGAAUAUGGCAGAUUUUUAUAUUGGGGGGAAAAAAACUGUGUAUUUGGUACCUUGUGUGUGAUACUUGAGGGUUAAAAAGUCAAAAGGUUUUUUGUUUUUGUUUUUAAAAAGUCCAUCCUUGGUCUUCUUUUCAUCACCCUCUUUGCCCUCCUUGUUUUUUUUUUCUUUGCAUUGUGAAGUGGGCAUGCUUGUCAAAAAGACAAAUGCUCUCUAUUAAUAGGCUUAUAACACCAUAAAUAGUUGUGUAUAAAAUAAACUGUUAUAACUUCUUUUUUAAUAAAACAUUCAAUGUG